AUUGAACGAAGGUGGCAACCAUGAUUCGAUGCACUGUAUUCUGCUGUGUUCCCCAAGAAUUAAUGGAGGAUUUGAAAAGUCAAUAACCUCGAGUCGAGUUGUAAAUAAUUAAAGUCAUAGUAGCAUAAAAUACGAAUAGUUGUCGAAUAAAAGUGAAAGGAAAGUUUUGACGUCAUGGUGAAAAUAGCGUUGAAAGUGAACGCCACUCUGGAAAACAUAGAGGAGCUGAGACCCUCUGGACAUCAGUUUAGAUGGUACCUAAAGUUUACCUGCUCCAGUUGCGGUGAGGUAUCCGAAAAAUGGAAUUAUGCAUCCCUGAGCGAGUUCACUCCAGCUCUGAGAGGAAACGCGGUAACCCACUUCAUGAGCAAAUGCAAGCUCUGUUCUCGCGAGAAUUCUAUGUCUAUUUUGGAAGAUUCUUUAAAGCCUUACGUCGCGGACAAUCAAGAAAAGUUUCAAACGAUAGUGGUAUUUGAUUGUCGAGGUCUGGAACCCAUCGAUUUCUCGCCAAGAGAGGGAUGGAUUGCCAAAGCUGCAAAUGGUGGAAAGGAAUUCACAGAGGUGGAUCUAUCGGAAGGAGAAUGGGCUGAUUAUUGCGAUAAGAUCAAAGAACCUGUAGGGAUCUAUGAUAUCGAGCACAGGUUUGAGAGAGUUAAGUAAAUGGUUUGUCGCUGAAUCACAGACAUGCAUUGUUUACGAGGUUGUUAUGGUUUAUCUGUUAUUCUAUAAGAUAAUCAUAUUAUUUGUCCAUGCCGUGAGAUAUUGUAUUAAAAUAUGGACAUGGAUUCGAGAUGUAUUUUUACUACGUAAAGUUCAUUUCUCUUCUUUGUUGAUACUCUAUGCAUAUAUUUUUAUAGACACUUUAAUUCACAUUCUGUAUACUUGCUAUUUAGCUGUACGAGCUUAUAAGCAUCGGAAAGUGCACCCACCUAUUCGAUAUGUAUAAUUUUGUAGUUUAGUCUGCAGGAUCGUGGUUUCUUAAAUGAAAAGAAAAUAUCAGAGACAGUUUUCCAUUCACGCGUACGCAUGUAAGAUGCUCGUGACAAAAUCGCUAUGUUGUAAGUUAAUUUAAUUUAGUUUGUAUUACAUAGAUCCAAAGAAAAUAAACAUACCAGACUACAAGGACAAUCCCUAGGUAAUAAGUGAACGAAUAAACGCACGCUUCCAACGACGUAAUAUAAUUUAUUCAUAAUCAUAUAAAAAAAGUCCAUUUACUUUCGUAAAUGGUUUAGUACACGGAAAAUUUGCAACAAUAAUUUCGCGUUACUUCUAAAUCCAUUUCAAAUUGCCGAUCGUACCCUGCACAAUUAACCAGAUGACUAGCACAUUGCUCCACGGCAGGGAAGAAAAGUUGAAAUUUUUAAUUCGUUAACCAUUCACGAGUCAUCCAAGACUCGGGACAAGGCGUUUUAUAGUCUGACUACACAACCUUGUCCUUUCGUCAAACACCUUCGGAAUGUCUCGAUAUACUUUAAUUGGCUAAAAUAAUUAAAACCGCAAUAAUCAUCGUCUCGUUUGCUUACGAUAAUAAAAAUUAGAUCUUUCUUCGAUUAAAAACUAAGUAUGUACACGUAUCGAGUAUAAAAGUUCUGAAUAAAUUCACCUGAGCCGCGCCACCCGUGAAACGGAAGACGUUUCGCCCACGCGCGCGCGCGUUUUGUGGCAAUAUAACUCUAAACUGGCUGAAGAAGUUGCAAUCACAAGUUCCAACGAAACGUGGAAAUAAAUCACAAAAUGGGGGACGAUUCAGAGAAACGAUUUUACGAAACUGUUUUAAGUCGAUAAUCGGCUAAUCUAGCGUUACUAAUAUCCACUACCACUAUUGUUUUCUAAUAUUUCCGUUACUAUUGGCCUCUAAACAUCUAACACAAAUAAAUAUCGUGUGCGCAUUACGAUUCGUCGUUCCCGGGGAACGUUUUAACGUAUAAAUCACAUGUAAAAGAAAUCAUCACCGGACACACGAGUCUAACGAUAAUAAUAGUCGAUAACGCUAUCAGUCUAUUCUCGCAAAAAUAUCACUGCGACUGAAAGUACUUCGUCUACGUCGUCAGAGUCGAAGGGUGUCCUGUCAUCGAUUCAAGUUAAACUUUACAAGCAUCCAAAUAAUACGGAUAAACUCUGAACGUUAAAGAAAAAGUAGCUUCUCUCUUUUCUAUAGCUGGCAAAGUAGUGACUGCUAAAGAGUAACUACUUACGGCUAACAAAUUUAAACGUAUUAGAAAUGUUGUAUAGAACAUGUCCCAGUCCUAGCUAGAAUCGACUCUGAACGAGCAUGCGAGAUUGGUAAAUUAUUCGACUCAACGGUACAUAUUAUUGUUUUUCUACGAAACUCAGAAAGUAACUCUAACGAUAGUUCACUAAUAUUACGAAUGCGUAUUUAGCGUCUUAGAUCAACUAAAUGGUUCUACACUACCGUACUAGACUAUAUGUCAUCUUUGG